AUGACUCUGACAAUCCUCUAUGUCGGGCUGCUCCCGCCUGACUGGGAUGAGAAUGUCAUUCGAGCCGUGGCCGGAGCCGCCGGUCGUUUGAUCGAUGUCCGUAUGGGUCUUGACUCCAACCGUAAACACAAAGGGUUCUCGUUCUGUGAGUACCAAACCUCAGCCGAUGCCCAACAAGCCACCAAGAUGCUUCAGCAAGUCCGAAUCAUGCAACCCGGCGGUGGGCCUAAACGGUUGCGGGUGGAACUGCUGAAAGAAGGCUUCAAGACCAACACCACCGACCUGCUGCUCAAGCCAGUGAUCAAACCCGACCCUCGCUACAUCCCUCCCAACGUGAAGAUGCCCAUGGAAAUGGUGCUGAAAAUACCGGGACUUGAUCCUGCGCAACAUUCCCUUCCUCAAGGAUACGGCCAGGCCCGUCAAAUGUCGCCUGCAUUUGAGCGUAGUCCUGUUCCCGGCAACGUGGCCCCUCGGGCAGGUGUCAAUGGCAACCAGCCGCAAUUGGUGCCACCCAAAUACGCUCAAGCGCUGAAGGUGUUGCCGCCAAUGCCCAUCAACGAUUCUCCGUUCACCGUCAACGACCGCAUUAACGAAACCCUUGCUCACAUCCCUCCACCUCAACUCAUCGAGUUAAUUGGCACUAUCAAGAACAUGCUUCUGGGUCCGGAUGCGGCACGAGUGGUUGAGGUGUUGCAAUACCCCAACGUGGCACCCGCUGCCGCGCAAGCACUUAUGCUCAUGGGACUCAUUGACGAAGAGGUGAUCCAAGAGGUCACCAGUCGUCCCAAUCCUCAUUUGCCUCAACCCCCUACGCAAACACAGUUCCGUCAAAUGCCGUCACCGUCGCCGCCGCCACCCCAACCGGUUCCUCAAACUUAUGGACAUUCACCUGUGCCUCCCACCCCCAAUGUCAACAGCAAAUGGGCAAUGUUCCCGCCUCAUACUCAACAGAAGUUGGCUCAAGUUAACCCUCAAGAGGCUGAAUUGAUUGUCCAAGUUUUGCAAUUACCCGAACACGAGGUGCGUACGUUGCCUCCUGAUAAGCAGCAAAUGGUCAUCGGUAUCCGCUCACAAUACCUUUAG